AUGGACAGCCCGAACAGUUCUUGGUGUCAACAGGAUAUCGCCAACGACCAUUCGCAGGCGUCUGGCUGCACGCAGGCUGAUGUAGCAUUAUCACCAGCAGCUCCCUCCCACCCCGAGCUUCUUCCUCCCUCCCACCCCGAGCCUCUUCCUCCCUCUCUACCCGAGCCUCCGCCUUCCUCCCACCCAGAGCUUCUUCCUCCCUCCCUCCCCGAGCCCCGCCGUCCCGAGCCUCCGCCUCCCUCAAAACCCGAGCCUCCUCCUCCCUCCAUCCCCGAGCCCAUGCCACCAUCUUUCCUCGCGCCUCUUCCUCCCUCCAUCCCCGAACCUCUUUCCUACCUCAGUCCCCGAGCCUCCUCCUCCCUCCCACCCCGAGCCCCGCCACCCUGUCUUCGCCUCCCUCCCACCCCGAGCUUCUUCCUCCCUCCCUCCUCGAACCUCUUCCUCCUCCCCGAGCCCCGCCUCCCCGCCUCCCUCCCACCCCGAGCUUCUUCCUCCCUCCCACCCCGAGCCUCUUCCUCCUCCUUCCCCGAGCCCCCUGCCUCCCUCCCACCCCGAGCUUCUUCCUCCCUCCCUCCUCGAGCCUCUUCCUCCCUCCCACCCCGAGCCCCCGCCACCCUGUCUCCGCCUCCCUCCCACCCCGAGCUCUCUUCCCCUCCCUCCUCGAGCUCUUCCUCCCUCCCAACCCGAGCUUUUUCCUCCUCAGUACCCGAGCCCCCGCCUCCCUCCCACCCCGAGCCUCCUCCCUCCCACCCCGAGCUUCUUCCUCCCUCCUCCUCGAGCCUCUUCCUCCCUCCCCUCCCCGAGCCCCGAGAGUCCGCCACCCCGAGCGUCCGCUACUCUCCCUCGCCGAGCCGGAAGCAGUUUGCAGGUCUGCCUGAAUCGAAGUCCAGCCAGUGA